AGGGGCACGGGAAAGAAAAAGUCCCUCACGCAAUUGAAAUACCGAUCGAUCGUUCUUGAAAACGCAAGAACGUUGUACACACUCUCUGCCUUAACCGGAAACUCGUCUCUUUUUGGCCGAGGUUGGUGGGAUUUAACUCUUGUUGGAGCCAGAGAUUCGGUUUUACCUCCUGGGAUAUUGAUUGAUUGGAUUGCCCGGCAUGUCGUCGUUACUCCGCAGGGGCAAUGGCCACAAGAGCUACUUUGCUAGUUCCGAUGACAGCAGAAUAUGUGUCGUCAUGGUCGGUCUGCCCGCGAGAGGCAAGAGUCUCAUCGCGGGGAAAGCAAUGCGAUACCUAGCCUGGGUCGGCAUCCCCGCUCGAGUGUUCAACGUGGGAUCCUACCGACGAAACAACACCCCCCAGCCCAGCGCCACCUUCUUCGACCCGCACAACAGCGAGGGUGAGAAGAUGCGACGCGCGGCCGCCGAGUCCGCCAUGGAGGACAUGUUGCAGUGGUUCGAUGCCGGCAAGGGCGUGGUGGCGAUCCUCGACGCGACCAAUUCGACGCGGGACCGACGGCGCUGGAUCCACGAGAGCUGCUCCAAGGCCAAUAUCGAGACGCUAUUCGUCGAGUCCAUUUGCGACGAGGAGGACCUCAUUAUGAACAACAUCCUCGAGGUGAAGACCACGUCGCCGGACUACAAGGGGCAGGACCCUGAGAUGGCCGCUUUGGACUUCCGCAAUCGCAUCCGCAAUUACGAGAAGGUCUACGAGACUAUUGACGAUAAUGAGAAGAGUUAUACCUAUGUGAAGCUCAUCAAUGUCGGGUCUACCGUCAUUAUCAACCAGAUCAAGGACUAUCUGUCGAGUCGGCUGGUGUACUAUAUCCAGAACCUACACAUCAAACCCCGCUCUAUCUGGUUAUCGCGCCACGGCGAAUCGGAGUAUAACCUGACAGGGAAAAUCGGCGGCGACUCGAAUAUCUCCCCCCGCGGGGAGGCAUAUGCGCAAGCGCUGCCCGGUCUCAUGAAGAAGUCCGGGAUACCUCCCAACACCAAGAUCGUCAUUUGGACCUCCACGCUACGACGGACCAUCCAGACAGCCCGACACCUCACGGCGGAGACGGGCUUCGAGAAGCUAGAGUGGAAAGCGCUCGACGAGUUGGACUCCGGCGUCUGCGACGGGCUCACCUACGAGCAGAUCGCGCAGAAAUACCCCGACGACUUUGCGGCGCGCGACGACGACAAGUACAACUACCGCUACCGCGGCGGCGAAUCCUACCGCGACGUGGUGAUCCGCCUCGAGCCGAUCAUCAUGGAGCUGGAACGCAGCGAAAACAUCAUGAUCGUCACCCACCAGGCCGUCCUCCGCUGUAUUUACUCCUACUUCCUCAACGUUCCCCAGGAGCAGAGCCCAUGGAUGGAGGUGCCGCUCCAUACGCUCAUCAAGCUCACCCCGCGCGCAUACGGCACCGAGGAGCAGCGGUUCAAGGCGGACAUUCCCGCCGUGUCGACGUGGCGGGCCAAGGGCACCUCCGCGAAACACCAGGAUUACCCGACGGAGGUUAAACCCUGAAGCAUUCGACCACCCUUGACGUGACGUUGUUCUGGACCAUGUUGUCCUACUGUAGGCUGGGCCUCUGUCUCUUUUCCUCUCCCUCAUGGCAUCUCACCCCCUCCC